AUGGCGUCGGACGUCGUGCUAAGAACCACCCAAGUGGACAUACUAAAGAUCCUUCCACAAUUGGUAGUAGUUUGCUUGCUCGAAGACACGGAGACGGAAUUUGCAGGAAUUCCAGUGGCUGUGGAUCCAAGUACCUGGGUUGUUAAGCCAGAGAUGUAUUUGCCGUUUAGUGCUCUCUUAUUGGCUUUGCUGAGCCUGUCAAAGGUUAGCUUUUGUCAAGACUGUAGUAAUCGAGGUCAAGAUUCGACGACCAUAGUCGUAGAUUGGUCGGGCCAGGGACAAUUCACCACGGUGCAAAAAGCCGUCGACUCCAUCCCGGCGCCGAACAGCGUCUGGACUCGUAUCCUGGUCAGGCCCGGCAUUUACAAGGAAAAGGUUUCGAUACCUUCGGACAAGCCAUGCAUAGUCCUCGAAGGGAACACGGAAAGGGACACCAUCAUUGAGUGGAGCAGCGCCGGUGAAGUUGAUCAAAGCGGUACCUUCACGCUUUAUGCGGAUAAUUUCAAAGCCAAAAAUAUAGGAUUCAAGAAUACCUACAACGAAUUGACACGACGUGGAGAUUGGAAUUCGAUCAAGCCGGCCCCGGCAUUCCAAGUAACGACGGACAAAGUCUCAUUCUAUAGUUGCGCGUUCAUCAGCGUGCAAGACACACUGUCAGACUACCAAGGACGUCACUACUUCAACUCUUGCUACAUCGAGGGUGCCGCGGAUUUCAUCUGGGGCGGCGGCCAAUCCAUCUAUCAGGGCUGCACGAUAAACGCAAGCACGGCUAUCCUAGGCGGAUUAGCUGGCUAUAUCACGGCUCAGGGCCGCAACGGCUUGAAGGACUCUAGCGGGUACGUCUUCGAUCGGUGUUACGUGGUGGGGACGGGGCCCGUCUACCUUGGAAGGGCGUACAAGCAGUACGCAAGAGUUGUGUUUCACGAGACAGGUCUCUCAAACAUCAUCGUGCCGAAGGGAUGGGAUCCCUGGUUAUAUGCCAAUGAAGAGGGCACAAUAACCUUCGUGGAGAACCAAUGCACCGGGCCCGGGGCGGACUUGUCGCAGCGGAUCAAGUGGGAGAAGACACUAUCGAGCAACGAACUACAGCAAUUGAUCACCGUCGACACAUUCAUAAAUCAAGAUGGCUGGCUGGAGAAGCAACCCUUUUAGGGUGCGUUCAUUACGAGGAAAAAUGAGUGAUUUGAAAAACAUUCUCCGAAGGAUGAUUGCUUUUAUCGUUCAGAAAAAUCAAUAGAUGGAAAAUGUUUUCGUCAUCAAUAACAAUCUAUGCGUAACUAUUUUCG